AUGUGCCUUGGGCCAGGCGGACAAAGAAGGCGGCCAGGAGGGUGGGCGGGCGCGCGACACAGCGCUCAGGUGGCAGCUCAUCCUCCAGGCAUCAUCAAUAUCCUACGCGCCUCUCCCGGCCGGGAGCUGACGAAUUGGCCGUGGCCAAGAAGUGAAUGGAAGGGCGCCGAACAGCGUGCCGGCGGUGGGCAGCCAAUGGGGGGCGCGGCCGGGCGGCGAAGCAUGGCAGCGCAGGUUGUGGUCGAGUGCGGCGUCGACGUCGACUCUCGCCCUCUGCGCAGCGCUGCUGCCGUGGACGGCCAGCAAUUGCGGGCUCAAUGGGCGCCGUCGACGCUCAAUUCACUGCGCGCGCUGCGGCGAGACCUGUCGCGGCGCCAUUGGGCACGCGGCAGCCCUGGAAUUGGCCAAACACGUGUCACCGCACUGCCUGAGGGCUUCCUCCGUACUGACAUCUCAAUCUGGCUCCGGUGGGGACUUGACACCGCCUCCGUCAUUUCUAACUCAGCGCUGCUGCUGCUGCUUCGCUCGCUCGCCAGGCACUCACUCAUCUCGCCGGUCAGCCUGCCAGAUUCCCGCGCGUUGGGCCUCUGGGUUGCUGCCGGCUCCCCUGUAUUCACUCGACUUGCCUACUGUGGCCAUCCACGGACAUUAGCGGCCCUCGCCUUACGGAGUACAUGCAGGCCGCGCUCCCCUCCCUUUGCGCGUCGAAACCGAAAUAGCCGCCACCUCGCAACGCGGAACUGCUGCUCAUUUGCCCUGCUCAUUUGGCCGGCGAGCGAUGCGGUCUUGUGAUGCGGCCGCUCUCUGGUCGGCUGUGGGCAUCGCCACCAGCCACGCGGCUGCAAUUGACGCCGGAGAGAGGGCCCAGGGCGAGUAAAACAUGUCUUGCGGCGGGCAGCGAGCGCCAGACGCCGUCUGCAUCAGUUGCUCGACGCAUUGCUUCCCCAAUGCCAAUUGCCAUCUGACAGGUCGUCGCAGCGGGUCGUCGCGCCAAAGCUGGCAUGUGAAAGUCGUCCGGUCCUCAGCUGGACAGCGCGCGGCGAGACAGGUCCCCCACGGCAGCGUCGUCGCGCCGUCUCGCAAUUCCUGCCCUGUCCCGAAGGAGCAGCUGAGGCCCUCACGAGAUAGCCCCGUCACACCAUCUUGGUCGUGAAGGGGGGUCAUGCUUUGCUUACCGGUGCGGGUGUCUUAUCGUUAUCGCAUCCCCCGGAUAGCGCUAGGGUGGGGAAGUUGAGAGGCUUCAUCUGCGUCCGGCACCGAAGACGGGUGUGGGGUAGGUUACGCCCUCAC